AUGGGUCGAGUUCGCACGAAGACGGUGAAGAAAUCUGCAAAGGUUAUCAUUGAACGGUAUUAUCCAAAGUUGACCCUUGACUUCGAGACAAAUAAGAGAAUUUGUGAUGAAAUCGCAAUUAUUGCUUCGAAAAGGCUCCGUAAUAAGAUUGCUGGCUACACCACACACUUAAUGAAACGUAUCCAACGCGGACCUGUUCGAGGAAUCUCGUUCAAACUCCAAGAAGAGGAGCGAGAAAGAAAAGAUCAAUACGUCCCUGAAGUUUCUGCUCUUGACUUCGGCCAAUCGGAAGCCGGACAACUUGAGGUUGACACUGAGACGAAGGAUCUUCUUAAAAGCCUAGGAUUUGACUCUAUUCCUGUCUCAGUCGUGGCUGUUGCUCAACAACAAACCAUCGAGCGAGGACCUCGUCGAUUCGGUGACCGACCAGCGAGACCUUAA